GGAAGUGCAAACAAGAGCUCGGGGCGAGAGAGCUUCUUCGGGCUUGGACUUUGCGCUCUUUCGCGCACACGCCACUUUGGUGGGAACCGCUCGCGCGCCUCUCCAGCCUCUCUCCGCCUUGGAAAGUUGUUCCCCUGAGAAUUAUAACCAACUGCAGAAGACCAUGAAUAACUACAGUGUUUCACUGGUGGGUCCAGCUCCUUGGGGGUUCAGGCUCCAAGGUGGGAAGGACUUCAACAUGCCUCUCACUAUCUCUCGGUUGAACGAGGGAGGCAAAGCAGCUAAUGCAAAUGUCGGAAUAGGUGAUGUGGUCCUUAGCAUUGAUGGGAUAAGUGCAGAAAGUAUGACUCACCUGGAAGCACAAAAUAAAAUCAAGACCUGCUCGGGAAAUCUGGUUAUGAAUCUGCAAAGAGCACCUGCAGCUCCAAAGCCAGAUCCAAUUCCCGUGCAGCAGGUAGAGCCCAAGGACCUAGUUAAGCCUGUGCCCAUUGCAUCUCCAGCCGUGCCCAAAGUUUCAUCCACAACCAGCGUGGCCUUCAAUAAGGCUCCCAGGCCCUUUGGAGCUGUGUCCUCCUCCAAGGUCACUUCCAUCCCAUCACCGUCAUCUGCCUUCACGCCCGCCAGUUCCAGUCUUCCAUUACAUGCUUCCCCUACACCUCUGGCCACUGUCACGCCUCCCCCUUUCACUGCCUCAGGAGUGCAUGUUAAUGUCAAAGUUAACGCUGACCAACGUUGCCCUGUGCUGAGUGCUGCAAAUACCCCAUGGCAAUCCCCACACAAUGCACCGCUCAGCGAAAGGGCCCCAGAGGUGACAGAGGGGCAGCAAAGUGGAUCCAGAGAGAACCAGGGUGACAGUAAUCAGCAAAAUGGUCCACCACGGAAACACGUUGUGUACAGAAAUACAGAAUUUUUCCAUCCACCGGUUCAUAGCAACAACAGCAAGAAGAGACUGAUUGAAGAUACUGAGGACUGGCACCCAAGGACCGGAACCACUCAGUCACGUUCUUUCCGUAUCCUUCAACAGAUCACAGGCACUGAACGUAUGAAAGAACCAGAAUCAGACAAUCUAAAGAAGGCAAACGAUUCUUUGGAACCCACACAAUUUACUACUUGUACUGCUUCUGCAGUAAGAAGCAUGCCUGAAAACCCAGAAAAUGGUGCCAGUAGAACUAUUUCAGCUGAGUCUGGAGCAGGAUUCAAGCCCAAAGGACCUCAAUAUGCUGAGAAAACCUCAGGCUGGGAGUCUUCUAAGCAACCAGCUGGAAGUGGAUGGAUUUCCAACAAUAAUACAACCUCUGGUGAGAAAGCUGCAGCUGCACCUCUGCAAACCAAUGAAGAUACUUUGGUUCAGAGAGCAGAGCAUAUUCCAGCAGGCAAGCGGACUCCAAUGUGUGCUCAGUGCAAUCAAGUCAUCAGAGGGCCUUUCCUCGUAGCAUUGGGGAAGUCCUGGCACCCUGAAGAGUUCAAUUGUGCUCAUUGCAAAACUUCCAUGGCUUAUAUUGGUUUUGUGGAAGAGAAGGGAGCAUUUUACUGCGAGGGUUGCUAUGAGAAGUUCUUUGCCCCAGAAUGUGCCCGAUGUCAGAGGAAGAUACUUGGAGAAGUAAUAAAUGCUUUGAAACAAAGCUGGCAUGUCUCCUGCUUUGUGUGUGUGGCCUGUCACAAGCCCAUUCGCAACAAUAUUUUCCAUUUGGAAGAUGGUGAUCCUUACUGUGAGACAGAUUAUUAUGCAUUAUUUGGUUCCAUGUGCCAUGGAUGUGAGUUCCCUAUUGAAGCUGGGGACAGAUUUCUGGAAGCCUUGGGCCAUACUUGGCACGAUACCUGUUUUGUGUGCUCAGUUUGCUGUGAGAGUUUGGAGGGCCAGACAUUCUUCUCCAAGAAGGAUAAGCCUCUAUGCAAGAAACAUGCUCACUCUGUGAACAUCUGAAACAUUAAAGGUUAUUCCAACAAAUGGGAGAAAAGAACAUGGCUGGGUAUUGGUUUUCAAGAUGUAUUUAUAUAAACUUUAAAUUUGUAGAAGCAAAGACGUGGGAAGAAGUAGGGUUUAUGACUUCACAUGAAAUAGAAAGAGGGAUAACUAAUUAGCUUUGCUCUGAGAGCUUUUGGUUGUGUUUCAGUUGUGAAGCUGAAAUUUUCAAUCCAGAAUUUAUUUCAUGGGCACAAGGUUGGAAAUGAAUUAAAGUAUAUAAUAAAAGAUUGAAGCUAGAUGUUUGUUGUUAAUGAGAGUAAAUCUAAAAAAAAGUGGAACGUUGCUGAUUGGUUUUUAUAAUCAAGUAAUACUCUGCCUUAAUCCAAUACUUUGUAGCAAAUUUUGCAUUAUUAUUUAAAUGCCAUAAGCGAUAACAGCUUCUUGGAUACUGCAGAAAGUAAAGAGGGUGGACCCUGAUACCUAGCAAAUUUAGAAUUCGGUUUGUAGCUGCUUUCCAGGUAGGGACAAACAUUUUGGUUAAUUGAUCAGUUCAGGUAGAAUCCAGCUCUUUAUCAAAGAAACAUUUGUCAGUGAACUGAGAAGAGUAAUCUUUAUUAGGUCUCUUCUGACUUCCGACAUCUUUGUGGGUCCAAUUUUGCUUAUUGGGGUUUCCAAAUCCCUUUUGAAGGCAGAAUUCUUAUGCUUGUAUUCUGCUCAAUGAACUACUAGAUAUUUAGAUUUUCUAAACUAAAGCUAGCAAAUACGACUCCUGGCACAAAAGAGAGCACUAAUGUUUUUUGAGAAAAUUUGAAAUAGUUAUGUGUCCACAUAAUCCCUUUAAUUCCCACAGGGCAUACAUUUGCCUUUUCCCUUUACUUUUAUUUAAUUUCAGAAAUAAUGCAGAAAAAAGUAAAAUAAACUUUACUUAUCAAGUAUUGAAAUAAUCACUGAGAUGAAAAGUUCUGUAAGUGUUCAGGAAGCAUAUGCACAUUAUCUUGAAAUAAUAUCAGAUAGUAAAAGAAGUCCAAGUAGUACACAUAGAUAGGAUUGAAGUAAGAUCAGAUUUACAUAAAUUAAGUCCUUACUAAUCAUUUACAUUGUGUGCACAUAGCACUUAUUUUGUUGUUGUAACAUACAGAAAAAAGGUAGGGGAUUUUAAUUCCAGCUUUCUUAGAUAAUAAGCUGUGGUGGCGCAGUGGUUAGAAUGUAGUACUACAGUCUAAUUCUUCUGCCAGAAGUUUAGCAGUUCGAGUCUCACCAGGUUCAAGGUUGACUCAGCCUUCCAUCCUUCCGAGAUGGGUUAAAUGAGGACCCAGAUUGUUGGGGGCAAUAGGCUGACUCUGUAAACUGCUUACAGAGGGCUGUAAAGCACUAUGAAGCGGUAUAUAAGUCUAAGUACUAUUGCUAUAGUAAGUACUGAAGGUUUUUAUUUUCUUUUAUGGUUUGGUCAUCAGCUGCUUUAAUCAUGUGUAUGUAAAAUACAUACUGAAUUAUGUUGAAAUGCUUGUUUGCUUCCUCUAUGUGCAUUUGUGUAUGUAUAAGUACAUUUAUGAACUAAUUUUUCAUCCUGUAUAUCUCAGCUCCUCUUUCGAUAACAGUAGGGAGAAGAGACAAAAAUAAAGACAACUGAUAGCAUAAUAUGUUCUUUAAUACAAAGAUUUAAAAGAAUAAGUGGAUAGGUUCCCAAAUGAGCAAAACAUUUAAAUAAACUGUAAGUGUUCCAUGAAGGCUGUGUCAAGGAUCUUUAUGAGGGUAGGAGAAAGGUCAAAAUUUGCAAGAUAUGAACUUAGUGUCAUGGUUCAUGCUUCCCACUUUUGUGUGACAUUGACACUUCACAUAAAUGGAAUGGAGUUUGGGUCACAUUGCUACACCUGCCAUUUACAGCUGUUGAUCUUGGGAAUCCAGAGAGACAUUGGCUGCUACUAUUUUUUUGGAAAUUCUAACCUUACUGAAGCAUUAAACAAAGAAAAGCAUAAUUUGAAUACAUUAACAUUUACAACUUGAAGCCCUCUUGUAGUCAAGUUGCCCUCCAUAAUAUGUUUUCAGAAUGGCCACGGGACUCCUAGUGGAUGGUUUUGAUGUGUACUAUGGAUCAGUGAUAGCUGAACUAUGAUAAUUUUGCAUAAUAAUAUUUCCAUAUUGGAACCAAUUUAGAGUUCCCAAGUAUUUACUAAAGAGAGGAGGAUUAUAUUGAAUUUUGUGUAAGUUGUGUCAUGCGAUGACAUCACAAAGUAAAAGUAUUCAAUCAAGUAAAAUUAUUCAAUAGUAUUCAUUCCAGUGUUGUAAGUAUUCCAGCAUUUUCAUUUUACAAGCAUGGAAUAAAUAGACUGGAUCAGAGUUAGCCAAAAUAGUCUAUUAUAACCAAAGGAAUUUAAAUUAACCAUAUUUAAUUUAGAUUCUGUUGUUUUUUUAUGGAUCUGUUCUAAGUCUGUAUCUAGCCCAUACAUACGAGGUUUAUUCUCUAUUCCUUAACUUCUUUAGAUUUUUUUCAUUCAUUAAUAAUUAUGAUUCAUUCAUAUAUAAAUACCACAUUUAUGUAUUGUAGGAGAAAUAUGGUUACCAAUCAGCAUUUCACAGGGCAAAUUACAAUUUGUAGAAUAAGGUGACUUUGAUUUAGUGGCAAAUGUCCAGAAUUUGAAAAGUUAUUUUGCUCUGCAUUCAGUAAAUGCAUAGCCUUCCCGUAACUGAGAAUUUGGAGAACUGAAAUUUCAGCCUCUGCCAGAUUGAAUAAGAUUUGAGUUUGCUGCUGCUAUUAAAAAUGGAAAAUAGGACACAGGAGGAGAGGGGGAGAGUUGAAUGGAUAGUUUAUGAAUACUUUCCAUAGCUAAUAAGCCACUUAUUUUAUAAGACAGGAUUUAUGAAAACCUAUUUAUGCAAGCUGUUGCAUAUUGUAAUUAAUUAGUACAUCAUUCUUUGUAAAUAGACCAAUGUCCCUCUGGUACAAGAGCUAAGUUAAAAAUUAAAGAUGAUUUGGUCUUCAUAUCCUGAUAACCAAGAGUUUUGGAGUGAUUUUCAAAAAGCAAGAUGAAGAAAGUUGGAUUUGGUUAUUCUGCAUUUUUUGUGAAGUUAGUUUUGUUUCAAUCCAUUUAUAUCCUAAUGAUCUUGGUAUCAGUUCUCAUUUUAUUGUAUUGCUCUGUUUUAAAACUUUUCACCUUUGCUAAACACGUAACUGCUUCUAUUGUCAUUUGUCUAUCAGUUCAGUUGUUGCAAAAAAGCCUAUUCAUUAACUUGAUCAGAUGUACACAUCAAUAAACAUAUCUGUGGAAUUAUA